CUCCUCGCGGACGAGGAACGCGACAAGGCCGCGAAGGUGACGCUUGAAAUCCGCCUCUAUAUCGCGUGCGCCGACGCCGCUGCUGGCUUUCACUUUUUCCCGGCGAUACGACUCUCGGCGAGUCCUCCCAAGUCUUUCCGCGCGAGAGUCCACGCGUGCGCGCGAUUUCCCGAAGGUGUCAUUUACCUAGACGGCAAUAUUCGUUGACCCAACUACUCGAUUGUCGAGUAUCGAUUCGACCAGAUGGAGGGAUCUGUUGACUGUUGAAUGAUCGGCGAGAUCGGUCUUUGCGGAAAAGUUUGGAUUUUGUGUCUUCUCGUCGCGUUAAUUAUGGUCGUGGCGGCAUACGAUCCGGACGACAAAUCUCUGAAGGAUAUUCUCUUACCCGAGGGCCAAUUCGAGGCGUUUUACUUGAAAGGUAUGCAGGACGAGGAGCAAAACGCCGUGAGACCGCCCCAUCUUCACGGAUCCUUUCAUCAGUAUCGAAAUCCCGCGCUGGUUGACGCGCCCAACAGCGCGGCUUAUGGAUUUCGUUUCGAUGGAAAACGCCGCUUCAAUUUCAAUUGAAUUAUUACCAAUAAUUUAAUCUGUAAAAAAGCAUCGAGCGCGAUUAGAAACAUUUAUGAUACUUUCAUCAAGGAUUGCGGUUAUCGAAAUGGAUCGAAAUGGAAAAAUCAUAAGUUUGUGGUCCCAGCGGUUAGCGAUUAGCAUUACUUUGUGUAGUCAUGCGUAUAAUUCGAAAGUGUGAAUAUCUAAGGAAAUUUUAGAUACACGUAACAUGUACAUUUGUAGUUAAAGAUUUUUUUUAGAGAUAUAAAUUUUUAUUGUAAUGAUGUACAUUUAUUGUAAAGAUGUACAUUUGUAGUUAAAGAUUUUUUUUAGAGAUAUAAAUUUUUAUUGUAAUAGAGAUUCACGCAAAUAAUAAG